AUGGGCCAUAUUGAGAAAUACUUUGGUUCCGAGGCUCCGUGCGGCGCGCCUUUCCUUUUCCAAAAAGUGGAGAAGACGGGCGGCCGCACCCUGUCUCCACCUGGAACGUGCUUUUGCGGCCCUCCCUCCCCUUCGGUCACCCGUCCAUCCAGCAUCAACCAAAGCUUGCCCACCGACGCCUCUGGCUUCCGACUACAGUCUACGGAGUACGGAGUACAGUUCACGGUCGACUUAACCUGCCACCGGGCACGGAUACUGUGCGGGAACAUUGCACCCCGACAUUCCGCUGCCCACGUUCCUUUGUCCCACGCACUGCUCCGCGCACUCUCGAAGCCUGGCCCAGGCCCGCUGCCAAUCGCCUAUCUACCAACCACCUUCCCUGUACCUCUUCGUGGAGGGAGCAAACAUGCAUUUCUUGGCUUCAACGUUUACUGCAUUCCUGCGUUGCCUCCAGCACGUAUCGAUACUUACCUCUUGAACCCUGGAACGGCGCCGUUGAACCACGUUCACUUCCCAUCGUGCUUGUCGUCGUCGCCUCCUCGUCAAGCCGCACUGAACGAACUACGGCGGACGUACUCCGUACAAACACCUCAAGUCAAGGAUCAGACGCCUCUGGCAUGCGACAGGACGCCAGGGCAGGACGCCAAACAGGUCAACCCCCGUUCGGAACCCAUCCCCGACCGCGCCAUGCUUGGUUCUGAUCCGCUCCCUAUGCAAGCUCCAUCCCAUCUUGCGGCCCCGGCUUCACAACAUGCCCUAACCACCCGUCUGACGACGUCCCAUUGA